AUGGUCAUUUCGAAGCGCGCGGGUGCGAAGAAAGCGGGCCGUGCGGGUGCGCCGGCGGCCCCCCCGUCGAACCGCGGGAUCGUCAAGGCGGACUGGCGCGAAGGCUUCAAGAAGCCGCAGGCCGGCGUGUCGGACAUGACACUCCUGACGCAGAUCAGCAACGAGGCGAUCAGCGACAACCUCCGCAAGCGUUUUGAGAAUGCCGAGAUCUACACGUACAUUGGAAACGUGCUGAUUUCCGUCAAUCCUUUCCGUGACCUGGGCAUCUACACGGACGAGAUUCUCGCGUCGUACCGCGGCAAGAACCGUCUGGAGAUGGCGCCCCACGUGUACGCCAUUGCCGAAGGCGCGUACUACAACAUGCUUGCGUACAAAGAGAACCAGUGCGUGAUCAUUUCCGGCGAGUCGGGUGCCGGAAAAACCGAGGCCGCGAAGCGUAUCAUGCAGUACAUUGCCGCCGUCAGUGGAAACGAUGGGCAGUCGGGCAUCCAGGGAAUCAAGGACAUGGUCCUCGCGACGAAUCCGCUGCUCGAGAGUUUCGGCUGUGCCAAGACGCUGCGCAACAACAACUCGUCGCGCCACGGCAAGUACCUCGAAAUCAUGUUUGAUGCGCACGGCACGCCGAUCGGCGCCAACAUUACCAACUAUCUCUUGGAAAAAGGGCGCGUCGUGGGGCAGAUCCGCAACGAGCGCAACUUUCACAUCUUUUACCAGUUCACCAAGGCUGCUACACCGCAGCAGCGCGAAAUGUUUGGCCUGCAAGGCCCGGAAGCCUAUGCGUACACGGCCAACAGCCAGUGCCUCGACGUGCCUGGUAUUGACGACCACGCAGACUAUGCUGCGGCGCGCGAUGCGAUGAACAUUAUUGGCCUGAGCGAGGCGGAACAGACGAGCAUCUUCCGCAUGCUCGCCUCCAUCCUGUGGCUCGGCAACGUGACCUUUGCCGAGAACCAGCAGGGCGACGCCGAGAUCGCCAACGCCGACGUCCCCUCGUUUGUCGCGUACCUGCUCGAGGUCGAUGCGGGCGCCGUGACGCGGGCGCUGACGCAGCGCAUCAUGGAGACGCAGCGCGGCGGCCGCCGUGGCUCGGUGUACGAAGUGCCGCUGAACCCCACACAAGCCGCGUCGGUGCGUGACGCGCUGAGCAAGGCGAUCUACAACAACCUCUUUGAGUGGAUCGUGACACGAAUCAAUACCUCGCUCAACGCGCGCACCCAGGCGGCGAACGUGAUUGGUGUGCUGGACAUUUAUGGCUUCGAGAUCUUUGACAAUAACUCGUUCGAGCAACUGUGCAUCAACUAUGUCAACGAGAAGCUCCAGCAGAUCUUCAUUGAGCUCACGCUGAAGAAGGAGCAGGAGGAGUACGCCCAGGAGCAGAUCCAGUGGACACCGAUCAAGUACUUUAACAACAAGGUCGUCUGCGAUUUGAUCGAGGAGCGCCGGCCGCCGGGCAUCUUUUCCGCGCUGAACGACGCGAUGGCGACGGCGCAUGCGGACCCCGCUGCGGCGGACAACUCGUUCGUGCAGCGUACCUCGAUGCUCGCGUCGAACCCGCACUUUGAGGCGCGCGGCAACAAGUUCCUUGUGCGCCACUAUGCCGGCGACGUGAUGUACAACGUGAGCGGCAUGACGGACAAGAACAAGGAUGCGCUCCUCAAGGAUAUCCUGAACCUGGUCGACUCGUCCGGCAACCAGUUCCUCAAAGGCCUCUUCCCGGACCGUCCGGACCCAGACAGCAAGAAGCGCCCACCGAGUGCGGGAGACCGCAUCAAGGCGAGCGCGAACCUGCUCGUGGAGAAUUUGAUGCGCGCACAGCCGUCGUACAUCCGCACGAUCAAGCCGAACCAGAACAAGAGCCCGAGCGAGUACGACGGACAGGCGAUCCUGCACCAGAUCAAGUACCUCGGUUUGCAGGAGAAUGUGCGUGUGCGUCGCGCCGGCUUUGCGUACCGCAACACGUUUGAAAAGAUCGUGCAGCGCUUCUACCUGCUCUCUCCCGCGACGUCGUACGCAGGCGAGUACACCUGGCAAGGCGACGCACGCAGCGGCUGCGAGCGCAUCUUUAUCGACACCGGCAUCGCCCGCGACGAGUGGCAGCUGGGUGCGACCAAGGGCUUUAUCAAGAAUCCCGAGACGCUCUUUGCGCUCGAGACGAUGCGCGACCGAUACUGGCAUAACAUGGCGAUGCGCAUCCAGCGCGCGUUCCGUGCGUACAUGCGCUACAAGCACGAGUGUGCGCGCCGCAUCCAGCGCGCGUGGCGCCGCAGCCGCGAGGGCAACGACUUCUUGGUCAUGCGCGACUAUGGCCACCAGGUGCUGGCGGGGCGCAAGGAGCGCCGCCGCUUUAGUCUGAUUAGCAUGCGCCGGUUCCUCGGCGAUUACCUGGACCUGAACGGGUCCUCCGCCGAGGGGCGCAUGCUGCGGGCCGCGGCCAACAUUCCGGCACAGGAGCCGGUCGUGUUUAGCGCACGCGCGCAGCUCCUCGUCUCGAAACUCGGCCGCUCGUCGCGCCCGAGCCCCCGCUUCCUAGUAAUGACGGAGCGCACGGUGUACAUCCUCGUCACGCAGCUCGUGAACAAGGUGCCGCAGACCAUGUGCGAACGCCGCAUCGCCCUCUCGUCGAUCCGCUCGGCAGGUCUGUCGGGCCUGCGCGACGACUGGGUCAUCCUCAACACCGGCGACGAGGAGGGCGAUCCACUGCUCCACCUCGACUUUAAGACGGAGUUUGUCUCGCGGAUCCUGCAGCAGACGCGGGGGAGCACACAUGUAAAUAUCGCCAACCAACUCGAGUACGUGCGCAAGGGACGCAAGAAGGCACACGUUACCUUUAAGAAGGACGAGAGCGUCCAGCGGGGCGACGUUUACAAGAGCUCGACCGUCUCGGUCGGCUCGGGCGAGCCGCCCAACAGUGUGUCGCGGCCACCGGCGAGGAAGAAGCCGGGCGUCGUGCGCCCGGUGACGACGGGCAAGCUCUUGCGCCCGGGUGGGCCAAGCACGGAUCGCCGCGCACCGGCACCUGCACCACGCGCCGUGUCAGCGCCGGCACCGCGGUCGGUGCCUGCCCCAGCACCGCGGUCGGUACCUGCCGCGCCGGCCGCAUCGGCCGCACCGGCGGCGCCUGCUCCGCCUGCACGCGGCCUGCCGCCGUACCUGCAAGGCAGUGCCCCUGCGGCCCCUGCGGCCCCUGCGGCCCCUGCGGCCCCUGCGGCCCCGGCGGCCCCGGCGGCCCCGGCGGCGCCUCCUGCGCCGGCACGCACUGGUGCCGCGCCGCCCAUCGCUGGCGGCCUCGGUGGGCUUGCGCCGCCCGUGACGCAGCUGGGUGCGAUGGCGCCCGUCGCUGGAUCACGCAGUGUGCCUUCUGCACCGGCCGCGCCUGCUGCGCCUGCUGUGCCGGCCGCUCCGACAGCGCCGGCCGCACCUACGCCGCUUGCUUCUGCUGCACCGACGCCGUUUGCGUCUGCUGCGCCGACGCCGUUUGCUGCUGCUGCUCCUGCGGCCCCUGCUGCUCCCGCCGCGCCUGCGGCUCCUACAGCUUCGGCGGCCCCCGCCGCGUCUUCGCGUGCUCCGCCGCCGCCACCGCCGUCGCGCAGCCGCAACCCGCGCUACAAAGCCUUGUACGACUUUGCAACGGUUGAGCAAGGUGAGCUUCCGCUCCGCCAGGGCGACAUUGUCGACCUGGAAGAGAAAGAAGAGAGCGGCUGGUGGCUCGUCAAGAAGGACGGCGUUUCUGGCUGGGCGCCUGCCGACUACCUCGAGCCAGUGCCCGAGGCGCCGCCGGUCAAGCCGCGGCAGCCCCCGGUCGCGCCGAAGCCGAAGCCUGCCGCGAAGCCCGCCGAGGCCCCGUCGUGGUCCGCGCCCGACACGAACGCGGCGCCUGUUGCGGUGAUGCCCGGCAUGGGCGAGCCUGGCGGCUUUGCCGCGGUCCUUGCGCGCAAAAAGGCCGAGAAUGCCGCGCGGGGCGCAGCCGAGUAG